AUGUGUGUCACUGCACAUUUUAUUGAUGAUGAGUGGAAAUUAAAUAAAAAKGUCAUCUCAUUUGUGCCUAUAUAUUCACAUAAAGGGGAAAGUAUAGCUAAGGCGCUAGAGAGUUGUUUGCUUGAUUGGGGAAUAAAAAAUAUUUUCACCAUCACAGUUGAUAAUGCAUCAAGCAAUGACAUUGYCGUUGGRUUCAUGAUGAAGAAGGUGGUGAAUUGGGGUGGUUCUUCUAUUAGGGCAGAGUACAUACAUAUGAGAUGCAUUGCUCAUAUUCUUAAUUUGGUUGUUCAAGAUGGAUUGAAAUUAGCAGAUUCAUCAGUUAAAAAGAUUAGGGAUUGCAUCAGGUGGGUGAGGGGUUCUCCAUCUAGGUUGAAGAAGUUUAGAGAACUUGCAGAUUUGCUUGAAGUGGAARAGAAAAGUUCAUUAUGUCUUGACGUUCCAACUAGAUGGAACUCCACCUAUAUAAUGCUUCGAACCGCAAUAGGUUACAGACAGGUUUUUGAAACAUAUGAGAGUAGUGACACCGCGUUACAUUUGGAUUUGGGUGAUUCGCUGCCUUCCUAUCUUGAUUGGUUACAAGUUGACAGUUUGGUCAUAUUUUUGAAGACAUUUUAUGAGAUGACAAUUAGGAUAUCUGGCUCACUUUAUGUCACCUCAAAUUCUUUCUUAACCGAGAUUUCAGAUUUGAGUUGCAUUAUUGCCGAUAUGUUACAAUCUACGUCGAAAGUUGAACAGGAAAUGGGUAUUAAAAUGAAAGAGAAGUUCAGUAAAUAUUGGGGUGAUCCAGAUAAGAUGAACUUCAUCAUAUUUUUUGGCAAUAUAUUGGACCCCAGAGACAAGGUUGAGUACAUGCAAGUCCAGCUCARUCAAAUGUAUGGUGAGGAUCAAGGUAAGUUAUGUUUUGAAAAGGUAAAGUCUAAAUUGGAUAUGUUGUUUCAAGAGUAUGUGCCAACAUAUUCCGAACCUUCUACCACUAUGAUGCCUCCUCCACCCACUAAGUGUGAGAAUGUUCCCGUUGGAAGGGUACAAUCUAGAUUAAAGAGCCAACUUAAGAAACAAAAGAUGGAAAGUGGGGCUUCACUCAACAAGAAGAGUGAACUUGAACUUUAUCUAGCAGAGUCGACCAUAGAUGAGGCAAACGAUUUUGAUAUUUUAAGAUGGUGGAAGGUUAAUAGUGAAAGGUUUCCUAUUCUUUCAAAAAUGGCUAGAGAUGUGCUUGCUGUUCCCAUUUCAAUUGUGGCAUAUGAGUCUACUUUUAGUACUAGUGGUCGGGUCUUGGAUAAUUUUAGGAGUUCUCUAUCUCCUAAAAUGGUAGAAGCCCUGAUAUGUACACAAGACUGGCUAAGAGGCCCUAGUCAGCCAAUUGCAGUUGAAGAAAACAUAGCUGAUAUUGAAAAGUUUGAGAAAGGUACGACAGUAUUUACGUAUUUAGUAUUUUAG